AUGAAUGGAGUUAUAAACAAGACGAAAAUAUAUUUUUUCCCAUUUCGUAGGAACUUUUCAACGAAGAUGGAUUAUGACGUGAUAGUCAUAGGGGGAGGUCCUGGCGGCUACGUUUGCAGCAUUCGAUGUGGUCAGAAUAAACUGAAAGUGCUGAAUGUAAAUGAGGAUAAGAAAUUAGGAGGAACUUGUUUAAAUAGGGGUUGUAUUCCUUCAAAAUCUUUACUGCAUAUUGCACAUAACUAUUAUGAAGCAAAAACACGAUUUAAAGAAAGUGGAAUAUUAAUAGAUAAUAUAAAAUUAGAUAUCGACAGUAUUCAUAAGCAUAAAAAUAAAUGUAUGGGAAAUUUGUCAGAUGGCAUUUCCUUUUUGUAUAAAAAGAACAAUGUACAUCAUAUUAUAGGGCAUGGUAGUAUUAUUGAUGAAAAUACAGUUUUAGUAAAAACAGAGAGAGAGGAAAAAAAGGUUACAGCAGAACGUAUAGUUAUAGCUACAGGAUCAAAGCCAAUUGAAAUUCCUUUGAAAAAAUUAGAUGAUAAUAAUGUAAAUGAUAUUGAUAAUGUAAAGGAUAUAUUAACAUAUGACCAUGAGGUAUUACAAACAUCAGAUGAUAUACUCAAUUUUAAAAAUAUUCCCAAAACGAUGUCAAUUAUUGGAGGUGGUGUUAUAGGAUUAGAAAUAGGUUCAGUCUUUUCAAAACUUGGUACGGAUGUUACUAUAUUUGAAUAUAAUAAUAGGUUAUGUGGUUUUCUUGAUGCAGAUGUUAGUAAAGUUUUACAGAAAACAUUAGAAAAAAUAAAAAUGAAAUUUCUUUUUAGUACGUCUAUAAUAGGUGGUCAUUUAAAAAAUAAUCAUGCCAUUUUAUAUGCAAAGAAUGAUAAAACAAAUGAAAUAAAAAAGGUCAAAUCUGAUAUUGUUCUUGUAUGUGUUGGUAGAAAAGCGAAUUUUGAAAAUUUAAAUUUAGAAAUUUUACAAAUUCAGUUAAAUGAAAAGAACAAAAUACCAGUAGAUGAAUAUUUUAAUGUAAUAUCACAUCCGACUAUUAAAGCAAUUGGAGAUGCUAUAGAUGGUCCUAUGCUUGCACAUAAAGCGGAAGAAGAAGGAUAUAUACUAGCUAAUAUGUUAUUUAAUGAAUUAAAACAAAAUAAAAAAAAAAAAUCUCAUAUAAAUUAUAACUUAGUACCGAGUGUUAUAUAUACACACCCAGAAGUAGCUACUGUUGGAUAUAAUGAAGAAAAAUGUAAGAAAUUAAAUUUCAAUUUCAAGUCAGUUAACUUUCCAUUCGCAGCAAAUAGUAGAGCAAGAACUAUAGAUGAUUACGAUGGUCUAAUUAAACUACAUGUAGAAAAAGAAACAAAUAGGAUUUUGGGUUCACAAAUUAUUGGUAAUAAUGCCAGCGAUUUGAUUUUACCAAUUUCCAUAUAUGUAGGUAAUAACGGGUCAUCCAAGAGUUUGAGCAAAAUUAUUUAUGCUCAUCCCACAUUCUCGGAGGUCAUUAAGGAGGUCGCGUUACAGUCUUUUGACAAAGCGAUACAUAUGUGA